UUCUCCAAAUAUAAUUCCAUAAAUUUGAAUAAGUAAAAUAAUAACAGUUGUAUUUUUUAAAAGAAUUAUUUAGUAAAAAUGAUUGCAUGGUGGUCAUAAACUUAUUUAUCUCAAUUAUUUUUCAGGCUGUACCUACUGGAUCACGCUUUCAUGUGAAUACUAUUGAAACUUCUACCCAGUCAACAACAACUUAUACUCAGAGUUCUCAGUCAAGUGUUGUGACAACAGUUGCAACUACAUCUUCACAUGUCAAUCAUCAUAAACCUACAAAAUCCAGUGGACACCAGAUGGACGAAUGUCAUAGUAUUCCUGGGACUCCACCAAUUCCAUCUGCUUCUCAGUCUACAGAUUUAACAAGACCUGAAAAUAAAGCAGAGACCAAUUUCUUACACGACAACUACAAACAUAUUUUAAAUCAAGACUUAAGUAGUAGCAGUGGAAGUGGAAGCAAUAAUAGUACUCAACAUCCAUUACCCAACAGACAUCAUGUUCCAGAUUUAAGCAGUUUGCAACAGAAGUUAGCUCAAUUAACUUCUUCGGGUGUACAACAAACUGAUUUAUCGCAACAAAAUGCAACUUUGUCUCGAUCAACAUCAAAUUUGUCCUGUCCUCCAUCUUGUACAACUCAGACAAGUGGUGAUGUGAUAUUAGGACAAAAUUCUAUUCAGACCGAAACUUCUUUGCUUCAUCAGCAGAUGAAAUUGUCCACAGUUGAUACUACAGCCAGUCAGUCUUUGCCAGCAACAUCAAAGUGUAGUUUACCUCCAGAAAAAAAACCUGUUGCUACAAAUCUAGAAGAUUUGAAAUUAGAGUUACAGAAGCUUCAUAGUACAGGGACAACAGUGGAUCUUAAAACUAAUAUAGAACAAGGUCUGCAAGCAAUUUUUUCUCAUUCAGUUCCUGCUCAGACUUUUACCACAUCAGCUCAUCCACAACCCCAGAUUCCUUCUCAUUUGCACCUUACAGAACCAUUUGCUAAUAAUUCUUUGCCAACAACACCUCAUCCAUCUUGUCACCCUUCACCAACUGAUAUUCCCCUUCAUGACACUGGUGUUGGUUUCUUUCCUGCAAUAUCCCCGCAUGCUUGCUUCACUAUUCAGCAAAAUAUAUUAUCAGCAUCAGCUCCUGACUUGUCAUUACAACUUAACCAAGAUUCUUUGCCAAGUUGUAACAUUUCUCCCCCAGGAACUGAAACAUCUCAAGUUCCUGCUGUAAACAAUGUUUUACAGAAUAUGGAAUCAAUUAAUGCCAUCUCUACUGCUGAUUUGCAAACUCUUGCUGUUCUUCCUAGCAGUUGCAUUGCUUCUUCUGUGCUUUCAGAAAUAUCAGAUUCCGUUAAUGUUAAUACGUCUGUGAUUCAAACGCCGGUUACGCCAAUAACUUCGUCCAGAUUCAAAGUUACUCCAGUUAAUGACGAUCCAUUAAGAUCUUCUGGACUUUUGAAACCUACUCAGACAUCUCUUCCCGAUGCAGCUUUACAGUCUAAUGACUCAGCUAUAGAUCAUCAAGCAAAAGUGUUGGGAGCUAACAAAACUGGCCGCUUCCAAGUAACAACAAUAAUGGAUGAAAUUACAGCCAACAGAACACAACAGCCUAUAUGUGAUACAAAUGCUAAUGUAAUUAUUUCCCAUGUGUGUGAAGACAAAGAAAGUCAAACUAAUCUUGAGGAAUUAAAUAAUGGUGUAAACUAUGAGAAAAAAUUAAUGCCACAUGAAAAUAAUCUAUAUGAACCUAAUGAUAGGAAUAAUAAUAAACUUUCUUAUAAAUCACAUAUUUGUAAUGAUAAAGAAUCUAUCAGGUGUAGAACAGUUUCUUUGCAUAGUUUCAGAAUUCCCGAUGAAGUGCCUAAUACAAGAAAGAGAUCAAUUACAGUUCCCUCCAAUGUCUCGCGUGAAUCCCCAAAAAAUUUGGAAAAUUUAGGAUGUUAUGCUACCAUUUCUUCCCCAGAAACAUUUGAACAUCUGCAGAAAAAUUUUGCAUCUUCACCUAUAUAUAGUUCAAUUUUUGAAGCUUCUCUUGCCUGCUUAUUACAAGGCGUUAUUUCCGAAUCUAAAUUAAGAAAUACUUUUGGUUCUCAUGAAUCAUGUUAUCUGGAUAAUAAUAAUUUAAAUGAACAAAACCUGGACAUUAAUAAAAAUUUUCAUUACGAACCAAAAAAAAUUUUUGUACAUGUAAAAGACAUCGGAGUUCAAACAGACAAAAUAGUCUGUAAAAAUGCCGCAGUGAAUACGCCAUAUCGCAUUACGCCCAAAACUAAAUCAUCCCUUUACAAAACAAAAAGCGAAACAUCAUUAAAUUCUCCGGCAUGUAGUCUAAAUUCAUGUGGCAUUAAUCACAAACCUACAUCACUGCAUGGCCUUAAUAGGGGAUCUCAAAAUAAGCAUGCCUCAGGUCACAGUUUUGAACUAGCAUGUUUGCCUGGCAAUGCCAACUGCAGAAACAAAUGCAUGCUUGACUACGGUCGUAAUUCUUCUCUUGGGGAAUUUCUGGUAAGAAAUACUAAAUGCUUUGAUACUAACGUUUGAUUU